AGAAGAUUGUGUAAUUCUUAUCAGCGUCUUUAUUUUUUAAUAAUCCUCCAUUAUUCUAAACCUCCAAUCACAUUUCCAUAUUUAAUACUCUUUGUUUCAUGAUACUUUGCUUGAUAACGCAAUUGCAGCAUCGUAAAAAUUAUAUAUUUUAGUAACAUUAUUAAACCACCAUAGACACAUAGAACAUAGAAUAGACGGAGCCUAUCCCCUCCUAAGGAAAAUGUGUCCCUCGGCAAUUGAAUAAUGAGACUGCGAUAGAAACAGCGAAUGUAUGGACAGUCUAUCUCUCUUCGUGCACGCGCAGUUUCAGAAAAUAUGGAAAUAAGAAACUAGCUGAAGUAAACAAGUCAUUUAUUAUUUGGCAAAAUGCAUAUAUGCAAAUAUGCUGAAAGAUAAGUUAGAAAUAAAAAAGAUAAAUAAAAUUAAUUUUAUAAGGGAUGAACAAUACAUUCAUGAUAUCUGAUCAGAAUUUCCAGAUAACGUUAAUCUUUUUUUGCAACAAAUUCUCGUAGUUUGCAAAAAAGUAAUUUUUUACAUAUUAAAUCGCAAUUCAAAAACUUGACGUGCUAGUGAAAUUUGGUUUGCGGCAUUGUGUUCAACAUCCAAAAAUCUAAAAAACACUUCGUCUGGUUUAAAAUAAAAUUUUUGGCUGUAAACUAGUGCCUUUAGAAAGACAAAACAUGCGUUUUUUGUCCCGAGAAACGCAGACAUUCGUUGGAUCGAUUGCAAGCAAAUGUGAAAAAACCGUGAAUAUAUAUUGCCUUAAAUACCUGUUAAUAUCACAAUUAUGCUUAGAUUAUGUUUCUUAGAAUUAUAUUUCUCCAAGUAUCAUUCAAAAUUAAUGUACUUGAUAAUUUUGUUUUAAAUAUAGCGCGCGCGCGCGCGCGCGCGUGUGUGUGUGUGUGUGUGUGUGUAUUCACUGUACUUCAAAAAUAAGGUUUUAUUAUUUUUAUUCAACAUUUAAUAAAAAGAACAAAAAAAAACUACCAAAAUCGUUCCUAUUUGAGUAAAUAAACCCGUCACCCAAGAAAGUGAAGUCAGUGGAGGAGCCUCUACGGAAAGUCAUGCGUCUCCCAGGUAUGGAUGACGUGGCACACAAAGUGUUAAUGAAUCUUAUUGAAUUUCAUAUUAUAAACGCAGAGAAAAUCGCGUUUAUAAUAUAACGUGUAACCUUAUGUAAUACGCGUCAGGAAAGGAACAGGAAAAAAACAUGGACACAAAGAAUGUGCCAAUUAUAUCUUUAGCUAUAAAUAUGUCAUUUCGAGUUAAGCCUUAUUCUGGAAAAAUGUUGUUUGUUUAUCUGCUGUAGAUAGUGUAUUCCCGGAAAUAACUAAAAUGAAAAUUUAUGUCAUUAUUGAUACAAGUUGCAUUAAUUGUGCAAUGCAUUAUGUAAGUUUUUUUUGUGCAACUCAUGCUGAUAUUUUAUCAUGCUGCUACUUGUUUUUAUUUGUUAACCAUAAACGUGGUGGCUACAUUAGAGAUUGACGCAAGAAAGUGUUAAAUGCGUUAACAUAAUGCCCAACGCGAUUUCGACGGUGGAUCCGAAGGAGAUCGAACAUCACUCUAGCUUGAAGAAUUUCUGGUGGAAUGAGAACGGAGAAGUAAAGCCACUUCACACAUUUAAUCCCGUCAGACUAGAAUUCGUUAGAAAAGGGUUGGCCGAUAUCGGUUUCGAAUCACGGGAUCCAACUCUUCCGCUGAGCGGAAUCAAAAUCGCGGAUGUUGGCUGUGGCGGUGGUAUAUUGACCGAAUAUCUGGCUAGAGCAGGAGCGCAGGUGACUGGGAUUGAUGCAGCUACAGAGUUGAUUGACGUUGCUAAAGAACAUGUGAAAUUGGAUCCUAACAUAUCGGAUCGCGUUACUUACUUCUGCACAACUAUAGAAGAGUUUUCUCAGAAUAACGAGGACUCAUACGACGCCCUUAUAGCUUCCGAGGUUGUGGAACACGUGGCAGAUCCUGAGUUGUUCCUAAAAGAAUGCGUAAAGGUCGUAAAGCCCGGCGGAUCAAUCUUCGUUACGACAAUAAAUAAAACUCUGGCGGCUUGGUUGGGUGCUAUUAUAAUCGUGGAAUAUAUCUGCAAAUGUGUGCCUUGUGGCACUCAUCAGUGGAGUAAGUUUAUCGCUCCUGAAGAAAUUCAACACAUUUUAGAUAAAUAUGACUGCAAAACAGAAUUAAUUGAUGGUAUAUUCUUCAAUCCUCUGUCGUAUCAGUGGUCUUUCUCCUCGUAUAAAGGGAUUUUUUAUGCACUUCAUGCAGUUAAGCAAAAGAAGAUUGACGCAUAAUUAUAAUAAAUCGAUUGACAACUAUGGCUACUCUUGUUUGUGUCAGGAACUUUAGUGUGCAUGUGCGUGCACUAAGGACGCAUUGUUAUAUAAAAAGUACAUAUUAAACUUACUCCGGCUUUAUAACUCGAGAUGGUAUAUCUAAUGUAUAUGUUUAUAACAAUAAAUAAGUAGUAAUAAAAAAAGGUGAAAGGAUGUAUACAACUGUCAUAUUGUAUGAAAACAAUGCGUUUUAUUGUAACAAACUUAUUUUUAUUCCGAAUAAAAAAUUUAAACU